AUGCCAAGAAAGGCUACUCUUUUAAAGUCUCUCGCGAGAGGACGUAUACGUACGUCGUUCAACAAAUACAAUUUGUUCAACUUGUACAAGAAAGGACAGGUUGACUUCAGGUCCAAGACGUUGUAUCAGCAGAAAUGGACAGCAAAGCAAGAAACGAGGGCGUAUCACGGAGAACACCUGACUGAGGGAAGAUGGCAGGCAGUUUUCAAUCCCAAAUUGGACUCAGUGGCACAGCUGGAUGCUUCGUUGCGUGGUGGUGAGAUCCAAGAGACGCCGUUUCUGUUACAAACGUAUGCAGUUCUAGAAAAGAGACUGGAUUUUGCUGUUUUCAGGGCAUUGCUCGCUUCCUCAGUGAGACAGGCGCGACAGUUUAUUCUUCAUGGGAACGUCUUUGUCAAUGGCAUAAAAAUAUCACAUCCCGGCUAUACGCUGAGGCCUGGUGAUAUCUUUCACGUCAAGCCGGAAAAGGUGCUGCAAGCCCUUGGUGCAAGAAAACCAAGUAUCCAGGAGGCGUUAAAAGUGGACAAGACUCAAAUUGUACUGUGGAAUAAAUACGUCAAGAUGGCGAAAGAAAAGCCAAGGGCUACGUGGGAGGCAAAGCUGGCCAAAUAUCGUGCAAUGCCCGAUUCCCACCCUAAGAAACAAGAGUUCUUGGAAUUCGUUGACCUAUACAACAAAACCAUAGAAGCAGAGGAGAUCAAGGAAUUGCACUCCUGCACACCCCAAAAUCUUCUAACUAAAAUCAUAGCAGUUUAUGCGAACAGCAAUAAGGAACUUGAGGCGCUCACGGCGAGCGACUUCAGCAGCGUGGUGUCGAAGGAUCCAAAAUUGGGGCAGUUAACGUUUGAUUGCUUUCAAGAAUUUGCUAAAUCGGGCGAGAUUUCGGAAAAGAAUACCAAGGGAAAGCAAAUGGAGGAGCUUUCGACUCUAACAAACGAAUUACUCUUCCCUUCGGAAGACGCCAAGAAGAAGCUUUCCGACAGUGCCAAGGUUUCUUUGAGGUCGGGAAAGAAGCACCUGUCAGAGUUGGUUAAAGAGUACAGCAGAGUUAUUAGAGAAGAUUAUGAUGCCAAAAAGGGUGAUCAGUCUGCAGUUCAGAUUCCAUUCGAUGAAAAUUGGGCAAAAAAGCUGCGCUAUCAUCCAGCAAUCGACACAAAGGCUUUGGCAGAAGAUGAAUCUGAAGCUCAAAAAGCGAUCCAGCUGCCUUGGCAGAAGCACGUUUACGGCAGAGAAAAUCCCAACAGGCCUUAUUUUACGCCUUGGAAGCCUCGGCCCUUCCUGGGGCCGUUCGCAAUCUUGCCCCAUCAUCUGGAGGUAUCAUUCAAGACUUGUCACGCUGUGUAUCUAAAGGACCCCGUGGCUCGUCCUGGACAUUCUGAAGUCAUCUCACCAUUCGACCUUCCUGUUCAUGAACGUGCUUACAUGUACUACGUUAGGAAAGGUAAAUAA